UGAGCACUCCAAAUGCAGUCUUGAAUCACCAAUCGUAGGCAGUGGAUGGAAAGUCUCUUCUAUCCUGAAUACUCGUAGUGUUAUCGGUGUUCAAUGUUCGGUUAUUCACAGGAAGGAAAAUCAAAUUUUUACGAAAUGAAUCAGUUGACGUUGCUGCUCGCAAUUGCACUAUUGGUUGUACAGGUCCAUGCUCAAGGCAAAGGCAACUGUGCCGCAAAUGGAGAAUACUGUUUAACUCACAGUGAUUGUUGCUCUGGAAGCUGUCUGAGUUUCUCCUACAAAUGUGUUCCAGUACCACCAAGUGCAAAUAUUGGAACCACAUAUGUUCCAAUCACCGUCGAUACAGUUAAUCGGUUUGGAGGUCCAAAUGAUAGUGGAACCAGCAUUACACAGAAAACCUGUGCUUAUAACGGCGAAUAUUGUCAAACUCAUGCAGAGUGUUGUUCAGGAAGCUGUUUGAGUUUUUCAUAUAAAUGUGUUCCACUAAACCCACCGGCAUCAGGAAUAAACACACAUUCACAACCACCAACCACAACUUCUGUGUCAAUCAAUCCUCCCAUCAGUACAAUUGAAGUGAACAAUCGUGUCGGAGAAGUACAAAGCAGUACUGUUGCAGUGAAUCUCAUAACGCCGUCUUCUAAAAAAUGUGCUGCGUUAGGUGAAUAUUGUCUUAACUCUGCAGAAUGUUGCUCUGGAGCUUGUUUAAGUUUUUCAUAUAAGUGUGUUACCAAUCCACACUUUAAUGUCAUAGGACAAACUAAACCAACGACGAGAUUUGCAUUCUCACAAGGAUCCACUGUGUCUGGGAUAUUGACUAACAGGUUCGAUACGAACAGCGACACUUCUUCAAAAGCACCUCAGAAGUGUGCCGCAAUUGGCGAAUAUUGUCUCACCUCAUCUGAAUGUUGUUCGAAAAGUUGUCUCAGCUUCUCAUACAAAUGUGUGCAUAAUUACGACCUAGGCACUCAACUUCUAUCGACGGGAAUCCCAAUACAACAACCUUCAAGCAACAGUGCCAUCGACACGACCAAUCGUUUUGGCGGCACUAACCAAUGCAUUGGUAUUGGUUUAUAUUGCAAACACAACCUUGAAUGCUGCUCAGGGGCAUGUUAUAAAUCAUUAUGCCAGACGGAAAUCAAGUUAGGGGUUCCUGAGUCAGAGCUUACACGACCGUCAAUAUCCAAUGGACCAUAUGUUGAAGUCAGCAGUUUAGAUGAACUCAUUACACGUUUUGGUGGUACUGCAUCUAAUGGAUCAACUUCUAAAGGGAUAGCACCUCAUACCAGUAUGAUACAAGCUCGAAUUGGUACCGCAAAACAGUGUAGAGUUGUUGGUGAUGGGUGCUCGCGACAUCAGGAUUGCUGCUCUCAGCGAUGCCAUUCGUAUCGUGGAAAAUGCGUUUCAUAAACGACAGACACACAUUUUCAAUACUAUUUACGAUUAGAAUGUAUGAAGACUAUCAAUCAUACGAAUCUAAUUUUUAUGAAAAGCGAUUGUUUCCAGCAAAUUAGUUUAGUUUAAGAAUUGUAAGUUAAAAUUCAAAAAUAAAUAUCAUAUAUUAAGGAGAUGACAAAA